GACAGACAAAACCGUUUCGCCACCUCCCCUCACUAUCACAGCGCUGCUCUCCUCUCCUUCCCCAAAACUGCAAAAUCAACUGUCUGAUUAUUAGUCCAUCCAUACAAUAUAUGUGUAUAUAGCUCCAUUUCGUCCAUCUCUCUGGGUUUUCCAAUUUGAACAGACGCGACAAACAAUGAGCAGUCAUUGCUUGAACCGCUGCGAAGCUCUGUCUUCGACUUCUCUCCCGGCAGCCUCACCCGACCGCCGUCUUCCCCGUCCCGGAAGCUUCUCCUUGCUCUCCUCCCGCCGGAACGGCAGUUUCUCUUCUCUGAACCUCCACUCAUGCCAGCACCGGCGGCAGAUUCGCCACUCCAAGGGGUGUAUCAAAUCCGCCGUUGUGCGCUGCAGCUCGGCGGAGGCUAGUGAAGCGGCGGUGGAGGCGAAGGUUGUCGGAAAGAGGAGCGAUUUCAAGAAAAUUAUGAUACUUGGUGCGGGACCGAUUGUGAUUGGGCAAGCUUGCGAGUUCGAUUACUCGGGGACUCAGGCCUGCAAGGCGCUCAAGGAGGAAGGAUACGAGGUCGUGCUGAUCAAUUCGAACCCAGCUACAAUCAUGACGGACCCGGAAUUGGCCGACCGGACUUACGUGGCUCCGCUGACUCCCGAGGUAGUGGAGCGAAUCAUUGAGAAGGAGCGGCCCGAUGCGCUGCUGCCGACCAUGGGUGGCCAGACCGCACUGAACCUCGCCGUUGCCUUGGCGGAAAAUGGUGCAUUGGACAAGUACAAUGUGGAGUUGAUUGGAGCGAAGCUGGAAGCUAUCAAGAAGGCAGAGGAUAGGGAUCUUUUCAAGCAGGCUAUGAAGAAUAUUGGGAUCAAGACGCCGCCAUCUGGGAUUGGAACUACGCUGGAUGAGUGUAUUCAGAUUGCUCAGGAUAUUGGGGAGUUCCCAUUGAUCAUCAGACCGGCUUUUACUUUGGGCGGGACAGGUGGUGGAAUUGCUUACAAUAAGGAGGAGUUCGAGUCUAUUUGCAAGGCCGGGCUGAAUGCGAGCUUAACUACGCAAGUUUUGGUGGAAAAAUCAUUGCUUGGAUGGAAAGAGUAUGAAUUGGAGGUGAUGCGUGAUUUGGCGGAUAAUGUGGUCAUUAUUUGCUCGAUUGAGAACAUUGAUGCCAUGGGUGUUCAUACUGGGGAUUCAAUCACCGUGGCCCCAGCUCAGACCUUGACGGAUAAGGAAUAUCAAAGGUUGAGAGACUAUUCAAUUAAGAUUAUAAGGGAGAUUGGAGUGGAGUGUGGAGGGUCUAACGUUCAGUUUGCUGUUAAUCCUGUUGAUGGGGAGGUUAUGGUGAUUGAAAUGAAUCCUAGAGUAUCUAGGUCUUCUGCUCUGGCUUCUAAGGCUACUGGGUUUCCCAUUGCCAAAAUGGCGGCUAAAUUAUCUGUUGGGUACUCUCUUGACCAGAUCCCCAAUGAUAUUACAAAGAAGACACCUGCUAGCUUUGAACCUUCAAUUGAUUAUGUGGUUACUAAGAUACCUCGAUUUGCAUUCGAGAAGUUCCCAGGUUCUCAACCGAUACUCACAACUCAGAUGAAAUCUGUUGGUGAAGACAUGGCAAUGGGCCGCACAUUUCAAGAGUCCUUUCAAAAAGCUGUUCGGGGGUUGGAGUGUGGUUACCCAGGAUGGGGUUGUUCACGUAUCAAGGAACUCGAAUGGGAUUGGGACCGAUUGAAAUACAACCUACGAGUUCCAAACCCAAACCGCAUCCAUUCUGUUUAUGCAGCUAUGAAGAAGGGAAUGAAAGUGGAUGAGAUUCAUGAAUUGAGUUACAUUGACAAAUGGUUCCUUACCCAGCUUAAAGAGUUGGUGGAUGUGGAACAGUAUCUCAUGUCCAAGAGCUUGUCUGAUUUAACAAAGGAUGACCUGUAUGAGGUUAAAAAGCGAGGUUUUAGCGACAGACAGGUAGCAUUUGCCACUAAGUCAACAGAAAAGGAUGUUAGAGAACGCCGAUUGUCUUUUGGUAUUACUCCAGCCUAUAAGCGAGUGGAUACCUGCGCUGCAGAGUUUGAGGCUGAUACUCCCUACCUGUACUCAUCAUAUGAUUCUGAAUGUGAGGCAACUCCUACUUCAAGGAAAAAGGUUUUGAUUUUAGGUGGGGGGCCCAACCGUAUUGGACAGGGUAUUGAGUUUGAUUACUGCUGUUGCCACACAUCAUUUGCCCUCCAGGAUGCAGGAUAUGAGACUAUAAUGAUGAACUCGAAUCCAGAGACAGUGUCAACAGAUUAUGAUACAAGUGAUCGUCUCUAUUUUGAACCUUUGACUGUUGAAGAUGUUCUGAAUGUUAUUGAUCUAGAACGACCUGAUGGCAUAAUUGUCCAGUUUGGAGGUCAAACCCCACUAAAACUGGCUUUGCCUAUUCAGCAAUACUUGGACGAGAAUAAGCCAAUGGCAGCUAGUGGGGUUGGGCCUGUUCGCAUCUGGGGCACAACACCUGAUAACAUUGAUGCUGCUGAAGACAGAGAGAGGUUCAAUGCUAUUCUCAAAGAGUUGCAAAUAGAGCAGCCUAAAGGAGGCAUUGCCAAGAGCGAAGCUGAUGCUCUGUCAAUUGCAUCAGAAAUUGGUUAUCCUGUUGUUGUCCGGCCAUCAUAUGUGCUAGGUGGCCGAGCCAUGGAGAUCGUGUAUAGUGAUGAUAAGCUAAUCACUUACCUCGAAAAUGCAGUCGAGGUGGACCCAGAGCGGCCAGUUUUGAUCGAUAAGUAUCUCUCAGAUGCCGUCGAGAUUGAUAUCGAUGCUCUGGCGGACUCAAAUGGAAACGUUGUUAUUGGUGGCAUUAUGGAGCACAUCGAGCAGGCUGGGGUCCACUCUGGUGACUCGGCUUGCAUUCUCCCGACACAGACUAUCUCGUCAUCAUGUUUAGCAACAAUAAGGACAUGGACAGAGAAAUUGGCUAAACGUAUAAACGUGUGUGGUUUGAUGAACUGCCAGUACGCUAUCACUGCAGCUGGAGAUGUUUUCUUGCUGGAAGCGAAUCCCCGUGCCUCGCGAACAGUUCCUUUUGUCUCCAAGACAAUAGGCCACCCGUUGGCUAAAUAUGCUGCUCUUGUCAUGUCCGGGAAGUCGCUUCAUGACCUGGGCUUUACUAAAGAGGUGAUCCCUUCACAUGUUGCUGUAAAGGAAGCAGUGCUUCCGUUCGAGAAGUUUGCAGGUUGUGAUGUGGUGUUGGGACCUGAGAUGAGAAGUACAGGAGAGGUGAUGGGGAUCGAUUUUCAGGUGGCUGUUGCCUUCGCAAAGGCUCAGUUGGCCGCUGGGCAGAAACUGCCUUUGUCAGGGACGGUUUUCUUGAGCCUCAACGACUUGACAAAACCACAUCUUGAGAGGCUGGCUAAGGCAUUUAUAGAACUAGGGUUCAGGAUCAUUGCCACAUCUGGGUCGGCUCACUUCCUUGAGCUGAAAGGUAUCCCUGUGGAGAGAGUGUUGAAGAUGCACGAGGGUCGCCCGCAUGCUGGCGAUAUGCUGGCGAAUGGGGAUAUUCAUCUGGCGGUGAUCACUAGCUCGGGGGAUGCUCUGGACCAGAUUGAUGGCAGGCAGCUGAGACGGAUGGCUCUUGCAUACAAGGUUCCAAUAAUCACAACGGUUGCAGGUGCUUUGGCAACUGCUGACGCGAUAAAGAGCCUGGCGUCACGUCCUUUUGAUGUGAUGCCGCUUCAGGACUUUUUUGAUGUGGAGCUGCUGGAACAGAGAAGUAAAAAGUUGCAAUCAGCAUCGAUUUCCUUGUGAUUUUUGGGGGCAGCAUGUGUUCUAUUUUGCAGUAGGUGGGGACUUAUGUUUUUGUUCUAAUGGCUUGGAAUUUUGUGUGUUAAGCAAGUGUAACCUGUUAUUGGGGUGCUGUUGUCUUGCACUAGAUUGUCGAUCGGGCAAUGAAGCGGAGCUCUUAGCUCAGUAUCAGGUUUUCUCCUGGUUUAAUAUGGCUGUCGUGUAAUUGAUCAUUCAUAGAAGAGAGACGUAAUGGAAUACAUAAGAGUCUAUUCCCGUUGCUGAAGUAAAAAUCUUUUCCAUUUUGGUCAAGGUGGUUUGAAAGUUGAAACCACUGGUUUCCAGUCACUAUUUCCCAUGUUUAUCAAAGAGCUGGCAGUAAGUUUGUUUAGUGGUAUGGCCCUAGGGGCUAAGCUAGGGAUGUUCUCUUGUCAAGUUUAUUACUAGUUCGAGCUGUUAAUAUUUGUUCAAUUAGAGCUCUACUCAAAUUUGAUUCAAGUUAAGUUUGGUAAAAAAAAGAAUCCUCUCCUCACUCUCAGUAGGCGGUGGGACCUCAAUUGUUAUUCAUAUGCCCAGGGUUGUCACGCCGGCCGGCGUGCCACCGGUUAUACCUGGUUCAACCUAUACCGUCAUAAAACCGGCGUGAUACCGUCGGUAUGACCGGCAUGAUCGAUAUACGAACCUCUAAGUAAAAUAAUCUUAUUUUAGUGACUUUAAUUGUUAAAAAUUAAUUUAUUAUUUAUUUUAUGAGUAUAAAUGUUAAAUAUUGAUGUUAUUUGUUGGAUUCAAGUAUAAAUGUUUAGGUAUUGACGUUAAAUGUCAUGUUUAAAAUGAGUAUUUAUAAUUUUAUUUGUAAUAUUGACCGGCAUGAACCGGCACAAAUCGGUAUGUGCCACCGGUCGAACCAUUCCACUUGCUAAACCGACACACUGGCAUAAACCGGUUUGAUAACCUUGCAUAUGCCUCAUACAUUCUCAAUUCUCUUAGUUUAAAUUUUUAAGAAAAAAAAAUCCUUAAACAUUUUUUACGCUUUUGCCGGAUAAUCUUAAGUUAUUAUGAAAAGCCGAGAACUACUAUAUAAUCAUUUAUUGUGUGCCAAGUUUGGCGUUGUCUUGUCGUGUUUUGUGUUGGUGUAGCAUCAAGUCUUUAGUGCCAUUUUCUUGUGUUUUCUAUUUGUCAUGUCUUAUUUUGUUUCUCGUAUUCUUUCUUCUUUUGUUAUGGUCCUUUUAGUUAUCCUGUGUUAAGUGUUUAUUCACUUUUUGUUUUCUUUUCUUUUUACACUUGUGCUUUUCAUAGAUUGUUUUUGUUUUUGUGAAUAUAGACAGUGUUUAGGUGUAGCUAUGGAUCUAUAUGGUGGGCAUGAGAAGUGGGGAGAUCACCAACCGCCGAAUUGGUGUUAUCUUGAAACUUCUAGUAGUGGUGUCAGCCAAGUAUCCGAGUACGAAGAACAACCACCUCUCCAUGCCUAUCAACCGUACCUCCAUAAAUAUCAAGCAUCUCCACCAUCGUACCAAGAACCACCUCCACAACCUUUGAUGAAGACCGAGUUGGAGAUUACCAUUAAGUGACUUGAGGCAUAUACGACAAAUUUAGAAGGCCUUAAGACAACUCACCCAACUCCAACCCCAUAAUCAAAGAUCCUCUUGGAGCUCGAGUUAGAAAAACUCAUGGUCGGGAGCAGGGACGGAGCCAGGAUUCUUGAUUGGGGGGGGGGGGGGAUUAUUUUCCAACAUAUUGAUAAAAGAAAAUUUGUGAGAGAAUUUCAAUUGCAUACAAAUAGUUCAUAAAUUUUUUAAUAUGAU